CAGAACUCAAAAAAAAAUAUAUACGAAAACAAAAAACCGGCGGACAGUGAGUGUUACAUUUCAAAUUAGAACAACAAUAACAACAGCAGCAACAACAACAACAAAAUGUUGGGCAUCAAAUAUUUAACAGAAGCCCAUUUGAAGGGCUUUGAAAAGUACAAGUACAGCAGCAUAGACACUAGUUACCUCAGUGUGUAUGUUAUGCAUCCAUUUUGGAAUAAAUGUGUAGAGUACCUUCCCCGAUGGUUAGCACCCAAUAUACUGACAUUUGUUGGUUUCCUUAUGACAGUUAUAAACUUUUUAUUAUUAGCGUAUUUUGAUUGGAAUUUUGAAGCGGCAAAUCAAACAGUAAAUCCCGUGCCUGGUUGGGUGUGGUCAGUGGCGGCCUUAAAUAUAUUACUGUAUUAUAAUUUAGAUGGCAUGGAUGGCAAGCAGGCCAGACGUACGGGCACUAGUGGUCCUUUGGGUGAACUUUUCGAUCAUGGUUUAGAUUCAUAUUCUGCCGUUUUGAUACCUAUUUAUAUGUUUUCCUUGUUCGGUACAGAGGAUUUACCACCUUUGCGCAUGUUUUUCGUGAUAUGGAAUGUGUUUUUGAAUUUCUAUUUGACGCAUGUGGAGAAGUAUAAUACGGGUGUCAUGUUUUUACCCUGGGGUUAUGAUUUCACCAUGUGGGGCGUUAGUUUGACGUUGUUUUUAACAACUUUAGUGGGACCUGGCAUUUGGAGAUAUCGCACAUUUUUCAACUUAUCUAUGGCCAAUUUGUUUGAAUUCACUUUAAUUGGUUCGGGUAUUUUUACCAGUCAUCCUAUUAUAAUUAAAAAUAUCUACAUGUCCUAUAAAAAUAAAACGGGUAAAAUGCGACCUUUCCUAGAUGCUGUUCGCCCCAUGUUUGCCUUCCUUUGGCUGUUUCUAUUCACCACCAUUUGGGUAUUAUUCUCACGUAAUCACAUUUUAGAAUUAGAAGCCAGAACUAUGUUCAUAUUAUUCGGCACAUUAUUCUCAAAUAUAGCGUGCCGUUUAAUUGUGGCUCAAAUGUCCGAUACCCGCUGUGAUGGUUUCAAUAUAUUAAUGUGGCCUCUGGUGGCCACAGUUUUAGUUAGUUGUUUCCCCUGGUAUGAACAGCUAUUGGGUGGAGAAAUCGAAGCCGAUUAUGAAAGAUGGGUUAUGCAGGCUCUAACGAUAUUUGUGACAAUAGCCCAUUUGCACUAUGGCCAGGGAGUGGUCCGUGAAAUGUGUUGUCAUUUUAAAAUACGCUGCUUUAAAAUCAAACCUCAAACACCUGCGGAUCAGGAACUGCAAUUGCCUAAUGGAACUGUUUAAUGAAAUUAAUGCCAACUAAAACCUUUUGGAACAAAUUUAUUUUAAUUUAACAAUUUAGUUGUAAGAUUUUAAAUUAAAACCAUCAACCAAAUAAUAGUUUUUAAGCAAAAUAACUUCUAUUAAAUAGAAAAAUAAGGAAUUGUUAUCAUAUUUCUUUUGGAAAAGAAACUUUUUGUUUUUAAAUAUAAAAAGUGAUCUUGACAGAUUAAUUGAAUAAAUAUUUUGAAAAUAAAUUAAA